UGGCGCUGCCCAUGCUGUCUCAGACGCGAUAAUGACACAUACACAGACGAGUCAUGUAUCUAUCUAUCUCUAUGGGUGCCUUCGCAUAACUUCCGUCUGUCUUCGCUGUAGCUCUUGUCUGUUUCUCUGGUCGUGGUGUUCUACCACUCAGUCUCAGUCAUGUCUUGGACAACUAAAGUGUUAAAGUUAAUCGUGCUGGCUGGAGUGUCUGUGUUGAUAGUGAUGUACCUGCGGCAGUGGAUGGCCAACAAACACUAUGUCUUCACGAAGGAAGAUGUUGCUGUACUGGCCAAGCGAUACGCAGGCCAGGACCACGACCAGGCGUUCUCCAAGGUGGUGGUGGAGCUGCGGAGGAAGUACCCGGGUCACAUCCUGCCGGACGAGGACCUGCAGUGGGUGUUUGUCAACGCAGGCGGCUGGAUGGGGUCCAUGUGUCUGCUCCACGCCUCCCUCACCGAGUACGUCCUGUUGUUCGGCACCGCCGUGGACACCGGAGGACACUCAGGUCGUUACUGGGCUGAAAUAUCAGACACCAUCAUCUCUGGGACCUUCAGGCAGUGGAAGGAGGGAUCAACUAAGAGUGAAAUGUACUAUCCAGGUGACACGAUAGUCCACACGGUAGGCGAGGCGACGUCGGUCCAGUGGAGUGCUGGGACGUGGAUGGUGGAGUACGGCAGAGGAUUCAUCCCCUCCACACUGGGCUUCGCCCUGGCAGACACUCUGUUCAGCACACAGGACUUCCUCACUAUGUUCUACACCAUACGGGUCUACGCCAAGGGAAUGCUGCUUGAGGCCAAUACACUACUCACUGAGGCUGGCGUCUUCUGAGGAACCUGACCUCUAACCCUCUCACCGGCUGCCGUCUUCUGAGGAACCUGACCCCUAACCCUCUCACCGGCUGCCGUCUUCUGAGGAACCUGACCCCUAACCCUCUCACCGGCUGGCGUCUUCUGAGGAACCUGACCCCUAACCCUCUCACCGGCUGGCGUCUUCUGAGGAACCUGACCCCUAACCCUUUCUGCGGCUGGAGUCUUCUGAGGAACCUGACCCCUAACCCUCUCGGAGACUGGAGUCUUCUGAGGAACCUGACCCCUAACCCUCUCGGAGACUGGAGUCUUCUGAGGAACCUGACCCCUAACCCUCUCGGAGACUGGAGUCUUCUGAGGAACCUGACCCCUAACCCUCUCGGAGACUGGAGUCUUCUGAGGAACCUGACCCCUAACCCUCUCGGAGACUGGAGUCUUCUGAGGAACCUGACCCCUAACCCUCUCGGAGACUGGAGUCUUCUGAGGAACCUGACCUCUAAACCCUGAAACGUAUUGAGUUAGAUAUACAGUAGCAAUCAAAAGUUUGGAGACUUACUCAUUCAAGGAUUUUUCUUUAUUUUUACUACUUUCUACAUUAGAGAACAAUAGUGAAGACAAACUAUGAAAUAACACAUAUGGAAUUAUGUAGUAACCAAAAAGUGUUAAACAAAUCAAAAUAUAUUUUUUAUUUUAGAUUCUUCAAAGUAGCCACCCUUUGCCUUGAUGACAGCUUUGCACACUCUUGGCAUUCUCUUUCUCUCAACCAGCUUCACCUGGAAUGCUUUUCCAACAGUCUUGAAUGAGUUCCCACAUAUGCUGAGCAUAUGGAGGUGUGUUGGGUCAUUGUCCUAUUGAAAACAAAUGAUAGUCCCACUAAGGACAAACCAGAUGGGAUGGCGUAUUGCUGCAGAAUGCUGUGGUAGUCAUGCUGGUUAAAAGUGCAUUGAAUUCUAAAUCAAUCAGACAGUGUCACCAGCAAAGCACUCCCACACCUCCUCCUCCAUGCUUCACGGUGAGAAGCGCCCCCAAAGACACGGCGGUCUUCUCACAUUUGAACUCAUUAGACCAAAGGACAGAUUUUCACCAGUCUAAGGUCCUUUGAUUUGAUUUGCUCGUGUUUCUUGGCCCAAACAAGUCUCUUCUUCUUAUUGGUGUCCUUUAGUAGUGGUUUCUUUGCAGCAAUUUGACCAUAGAGGCCUGAUUCACCCAGUCUCCUCUGAACAGUUUAUGUUGAGAUAUGUCUGUUACUUGAACUCUGAAGCAUUUAUUUAGGCAGCAAUUUCUGAGGGUGGUACCUAAUGAACUUAUCCUCUGCAGCAGAGGUAACUCUGGGUCUUCCUUUCCUGUGGUGGUCCUCAUGAGAGUCAGUUAACUCUAAUGAACUUAUCCUCUGCAGCAGAGGUAACUCUGGGUCUUCCUUUCCUGUGGUGGUCCUCAUGAGAGUCAGUUAACUCUAAUGAACUUAUCCUCUGCAGCAGAGGUAACUCUGCGUCUUCCUUUCCUGUGGUGGUCCUCAUGAGAGCCAGUUUCAUCAUAGCGCUGGAUGGUUUUUGCGACUGCACUUGAAGAAACCUUCAAAGUUUUUGACAUUUUCUGGAUUGACUGACCUACCUUUUCUUAAAGUAAUGAUGGACUGUUGUCUCUCUUUGCUUAUUUGAGUUCUUGUCAUGAUAUGGACUUGGUCUUCUACUAAAUAGGGAUAUCUUCUGUAUACCACCCCUACCUUGUCACAACACAAUUGAUUGGCUCAAAUGCAUUAAGAAGGAAAGAAAUUCCACACAUUAACUAUUAACAAGGCACACCUGUUAAUAGAAAUGCAUUCCAGGUGACUACCUCAUGAAGCUGGUUGAGAGAAUGUCAAGAGUGUGCAAGAGUGUGUCAUCAAGGCAAAUGGUGGCUACUUUGAAGAAUCUCCAAUAUUUUGGGGGGUUACUACAUGAUUCCAUAUGUGUUAUUUCAUAGUUGUUGAUGUCUUCACUAGUAUUCUACACUGUAGAAAAUAGUAAAAAUAAAGAAAAACCUUUGAACGAAGAGGUGUGUUCAAACUUUUGACUGGUACUGUACGUGGUGAUUGCUUUCUAUCAACUAAUAGCUACAGUUCCUUGCUCUGUUAGCUAGCAGGCUAAUAAGGUAGCUAGUAAGUUGUGUGGUCAUUUAGCUAGAUGGCUACAGUGCAACAAAAGCAAUGUCCAACCUUCUCUAAACACAUCAAUGGCUAUACAUGUAUGGCAAGUACUGUAGCAAAUUGUAUGUAUUUGUCAACAUUUGAAGGAAUGAGUAGAUGGACAUAACCUACUGCAAUCAAUCUGGUCACAUUAAAAUACUAUUUUGGGUAGUGUGUGUGACCUUUACAGCCUUUUAGUUUGUUCUUGGUGAGAUUCUUUACAAAUACUGCUGGUUGUCAUUUCAGGAGAUAGAAAGCCCACCCACAACCAGGUGAGGGGAGUUCCUUGCUAAUUAGUGAGCUUAAUUCAUAAAUCAAGGGGCAAGCGAAAACCCGCAGACACUCGGCCCUCAUUUCAGGAGAUAGAAAGCCCACCCACAACCAGUGGAAUGAGUUUGACACCUGUGGUGUAGCAUUGGGAGGAGGGAGUUUUCAUUGCUAAAUCCAUGGGAUAUAUUAUAUAAGUGCACACCUUGGGAGGAGGGAGUUUUCAUUGCUAAAUCCAUGGGAUAUAUUAUAUAAGUGCACACCUUGGGAGGAGGGAGUGUUCAUUGCUAAAUCCAUGGGAUAUAUUAUAUAAGUGCACACCUUGGGAGGAGGGAGUGUUCAUUGCUAAAUCCAUGGGAUAUAUUAUAUAAGUGCACACCUUGGGAGGAGGGAGUGUUCAUUGCUAAAUCCAUGGGAUAUAUUAUAUAAGUGCACACCUUGGGAGGAGGGAAGAGAAUCGGGACUGUCCCCUUUUCUCCCGGCCAGCUCGACCAUCCCCUCCUGCUCCUUGGCUGAGUGACUCAUUGCGAGCUGACAGAACAGGCCUCUGGGCAGCUGAGCAGAAAUGAAUGAAGACUACACUUCUGGAGGACCUAUCAUCCUUCCAUUCCCUCCUCUCUACCCUCUCUUCCUCUGUAUCCGCUACUAAAGCCACUUUCUACCACUAACCCUAGGAAACACUUUUGCACCUCCUCCCUCUUUAAUCCUCCACACCUGCCUCCUCCUCCUCUGCAGACGACCUUGUCAACCACUUUGAAAAGAAGGUUGAUGACACCCACUCCUUAUUCACAAACAAAAGUCUUUGUUUCUGUCCAUUUUGAGCCUGUAAUCGAACCCACAAAUGCUGACGCUCCAGAUACUCAACUAGUCUAAAGAAGUUGUAUUGCUUCUUUAAUGAGAACAACAGUUGUCAGCUGUGCUAACAUAAUUGCAAAAGGGUUUUCUAAUGAUCACUUAGCCUUUUAAAAUGAUAAACUUGGAUUAGCUAACACAAUGUGCCAUUGGAACACAGGAGUGAUGGUUGCAGAUAAUGGUCCUCUGUACGCCUAUGUAGAUAUUCCAUAAUAAAAUCUGACUUUUCCAGCUACAAUUGUCAUUUACAACA